UUAAAAAAAAAAACACAACAUGUAAAGUUACAAUUUUAUUUGUAAUUGUCGUUGGUGAGGUGUUCCAAGGAAUUCCAAAGUGAUGAUAACAAAAUAAAAAAAAUACAUCAAUUUGACAGUUGAAUAAUUGUGUAAAGAUAAUAUUUAUUUUAUUAUUAUGUGAAAUUUGGAUUUAUCUUAACUUGUUAAUUUGUUAUUGUACUAAAGAGCAUCUUCAGUUAUGAUAUUCUUAUAAGACCUUUAUAUAAUUUUCACAAUAGGAACUGCGGCGGUUCUAACCAACUAGUUAACCUUUGAGUCAACUCCAAGUUAAACAAUGACUCAUUCACGUAUUCCAUGAUAUAGUGCAAGUGAAGCUAUAACGGUGUUUAUCUUUACAUACCUGUCAUUUAUUUAGUCUGAAGUUAUAAAUUUAAAUGGCAUCAGAAGAGUAUCAAGAUAUAGUGGAAAGUGAUUUUACAAAUGGGCUGAUUAUAUUUGGUAAUUUUCUUCCUGAAGAAGUAAUGUCAAACAUUUUGCACUGUCUAAGUUGGGAUGAUCUUUUAAAUUUCAGGCUUGUUUGUCAUUCCUGGAAAAGAUUGAUAGAUUCCUUUGUGAGUUAUAAAAAAAUUAGAGAGUGUAAAAGUUACAAAGCAUGUUUUGCUUUUAAUGUAAAGGGAUUCAACCCUGAAAGUUUACCAUUCUAUCUCUAUUAUGCAAUAGGUAAAAAUGCUUUUGGAAGUAAUCAUCUCAAGAAUGCUUUUGGAUCAGGGGAAAUCCCUCAUGUGUGUCAACCGCCCAGACGAAGUUUUGGGAGACGCCGUGCUCAAGACUUGAGAAUGUGUUCUGAUGUGAACUGUCCCAGAUUCAAACACUGGAGUGUUCUUAGCUCACAAGGAGACGGGUGGACGGUAGAGAUGGUUCCACAGGGCAGUCAGCCUCUGCCUGAACAUCUUGAGGGCAGUUCCUGUUUUGUUACAUCUUAUGGUUUGUGCUCUAAACAGCAAAUUAUUAAACUUUCUGAGUGUGGGCUAAGUUCCAAGAUCAUGGAUGAAAUCCAGCCUCACAUUGAUAUAUCUGAAUGGUACGCAAGGAGAUUUGAUUGUGGAAGUAUUUAUAGACUAAAAGUAAGUUUGUUGGAUAUUAAUAAAGAAGUUGUUGAUCAAUUCAAUGAGGAAAUCGUGGAGAACCAUUGGGAUGAUGACUGGCAUCAGGUAUCACAUACAUUCAGAAACUACGGACCAGAUGUGAGAUUUUUGUUGUUUCAUCAUGAAGGAAUAGACACACAGUUUUGGGCUGGUUACUAUGGAAGUAAAAUGGCUGGUGGUUCAGUGAUUGCUCGAAUACCUGAAGACAUUUUACAGCUAGAUGAUGAACCUUGUCAGCUGUUUUUGUUGGACACACUGGACACGAGGGUUUGAUGGUGGCAGCUCAGCAUCAGCGAAAGCACCCAGCACCCUAGUGGGGGGUUUUCAGAAAUCUGCCCCCUCACCUCCAUACCGCCUGACGGGUAAUGGGUAUGUGUGAUAGGCGUAUCGUUUUCAAACAGACUCUGUACUCGCCGUAAAUCUAAGUCCAAGUCCACUUAUGUAUAUAGUGGUGCAUUAGAUUUUGUGUUUGAAAAAAAUUUGUUCUGUUCAAUUCACAGCCCUUUAAGAUCUAAGGCUUUUCAAAUACCAAAUAUAACAAAACACGUCUUAAUGAUCGGUAAUGCCAAUCAAGCAAUAAAUAGUAAUACAAUGAUUCUCAGCAGGUUCGAUUGUCGAAUUUCAUCAAUUAAUUCUCGAAUCCGGUUUAAUUCGAUAGAUUACACCUUCGACUCUUCACUACUGCGCUCAGUGUCUCCAGUUACUAGAUUGUACUUAAAUGCCUGUAACAGUGAUUUAAUAGGUUAAAAAAUAUGAAAAACUUGAGUUUGAUUUUUAAUGUCGGGAUAAUUUAAAUCUAGUGUUAAAACAUUCUUUGUUGUUAUCAACACUGAAUUUUGCUCUUAAUCUGACAAUACAUCAAUAUUUUUUGUGUACCACAUGUAAUAUUGAAUUCAAUCGUACUGAAGUUUCUCAACUAUGUAAAAUACACUAUUAGUUUGUACACAAACAUAAAGUCUGUACUAAUUAAAAUCUAAAUUUACAAAAAACUUAUAAGAAUUACUUUGUCAAAAAACAUGUUAUAAUGUAAAUUAAUUCUUUGAAGAUUGUUCAUGAUGAAAACGAAUAAUAAGAUACAUCUUUUAAGUAAAUUUGAUAAUGGAUUUAAGUCUUGGAUUUAAUCAAUGUUUUUUUAUGUUUUAUAACGUUUUUAUAUCAAUAAAAUAUGUAUAAAAAUUAAUGUUUUAGAAUAAACUUAGUUAUGUAGUUUUA